AUGGACGGAGAUGAUGAACCGUUCUGGUCAAUACAGCUUACCGGCGGCAACGCUGAUACAUGUAGGAUCGAAAACGAGACUGCGUUGGGCUACGAGGUAGGUGGAGAUAUCUGGUGCGCGGCUCUGCUUCUGUCGGCGUGGCUGCUGGAAAACCCCCAACUCGUCCAGGGUACCAGAGUGCUUGAGCUCGGAAGUGGGCUCGGCUUGUGCGGCAUCGUGGCGGGAUACCUAUCCAAGAGCGUGACCCUGACAGACUACGUUGACGAGCUGCUAGUGAACCUGGAGCACAACGUCGACAUCAACCACACGCCGCGCAUCGAUGCGGUCGAGUGUCGAGGAAACGGGACUAGUCUCGAACCCCCCUCUGAGUCACAAGAACGGCAGCAGCAGCAGCAGCAGCAUCAACAACAAAAACAGCGAGGACGACAGCGACUAGGCCGGGAGAAUGAGAGCCUCUUGGAGGUGCGACCGCUCUCGCCCUCUCGCGUUCGAGUUCGCAAGCUGGAUUGGACGGCGUAUGACCACGACGCCACGGAAGCAUGGGAAGAAGGAGGGGAGGGGCUUCGGGGUUGGUGGUGGGAUGAUCCGGGCCGUGGCGGCGACCGGCCAGGGAAGCAGGAAGACCGUGGAGGCGCCGAAAAACGAGCAACGACGACGACGACACCAUCAACACCGCAAGACGCAGGCGCAACGCUUCGCUGCGACGUGGCCAUCGGCUCCGCGCUAGUCUACAGCCCGCACCAUGCGUGCGUCGCAGACGUUCUGUCCCGAGCAUUCGCGGCGGGCGGGUGCCGCGCUGGGUACAUCCUUCAGCUCUCGACCAGGCCCGGGUUCGACGACUUUCUGCACAGGCUGGGGUCUUGCGGCCUACGGUAUCGUCUUCGGAGAAUGUCCGACAUCCUUCCGGGAGACCUUUUGGAAGAAAUUCACCAAAGUGCUUCCAUCGAUAUCGUUGGCGGCCCCGUGACGUCGUCUCGAACCCCUCUUUGCGUAGACGCGGCCCGAGACAGUGUCGGCGGCGGCGAGGAGGAUUGUGAUGGCGGUAAGGGUGUAGACGCAGGAAAGUCGCCGUCAGGGUCUGUUAUUGCCGCCGCCGCCGCCGCCGCCGCCGCAGGUACUUGCACCCGCUUCGACGAGUUCGUGAUGUGCGAGAUCUUUCGCGCCACCGAGGAACAGCAGCGGAGGCAAAAUUCAUGA